UGACGUAGCUCCGCCCAACACAAAUAUACUCAAAGCGUAGCCCGACGAAAACAAGGAAGUAACGAGUACAAAAAGACGAGGAACUUUGAGUAAACCUUAUAUUUAUAGUCAUAUAAACGCAGAAUUCGGUCUGUUUAAAUUCUCGUCCCCUAGAAUAUAUUAUCUACAGUGAAGAACAAUGAACAACAAAGGUUCAUAUCCACAAUCUGUUUACCCUCAGCAGAGCACAGCACCCGUUUAUCCGCCUGCUAUGCAAGUCCCUCCUCAGGUGUCUCCAUAUCCAGAUGCCCCUCCUCCAUACUCUGAGGUUUAUCAGGCCAGGUAUAUGGCUCCUCCCCCAGCCCCUGGACAGAUGCCCCCAAUGACCUCCGCUUACCAUGGUACUCAGAUGUACAUGCCCAUGCAUGCUCAGACUGUGCCAAUGGGGGCCAUGGGCCAUAGUGUCCCAAUGGCAUAUUAUCAGAUGGGGCCCGUCUACCCCACUGGUUCCACCGUCAUGGUGGAAGGCGGAUUUGAUGCUGGAGCUCGCUUUGGGCCUGGCACUAGUACUUCCAUUCCUCCUCCACCUCCUGGACACCUCCCUAACGCGGCUCAGAUGGCAGCCAUGCAAGGUGCAAAUGUGAUGAUGACACAACGAAAGGGCAACUUUUUUAUGGGUGGCUCCAGUGGCGGUUACACCAUCUGGUAACAGUGAGCACCCCCCUGGGCCUGGACCGAAGCCCUCCUUCCUUCUCCCUUGUUCCCUUUACCUGUUCUCCCACCCCUGCCUCCUUUGGGGCUGCUUGGCUAAGCCACAAUACUGAUUUAAUCUAAUGGAAUGUAAUAUUUUAGAGCCCCUUACUCAAGGUACAAUACGCCGCUGUUGAAAUAAUUGUGUAAUAUCGCAAUUAAAAAAUGUAUAACACAAUUAUUGCGUAUUCACAAUUAAAAAGCGCAUUAUAAUUGUAAGUUGGAACUUCUAGUGAUCAUAUGUCAUCUACCAUAAUUAUCGGUUGGCUAAUUUAGAGAGUAAACAACUUUGAAGGUGAAGACCAGGUCAUUUUUACCUUUACUGACUCUUACAACUUCAUUUUUACAGUACAUUUUCUAGUUUUUGGUUGUCUUCUUGAGCCAGAGAUCAUGCCAAGAGAACUGCCAAGAGUCAGUUUGAUCAUCUGUGUAAAGUAGCUAUGCACUUGAAACUUUCUUUUUGAAUAGUAUGCUUAACUAUACGCCUUUCAUUCAUAUUAUUAAGGUCUUGCCAGAUAGGUAAAAUGCAGAUUUAAGCACUCCUAAUCAAAGAGAAAGAUGUGUUUACAACGUCAAACAACGGCGGUGUAUCGUACCUUUGGGCAAUAUAAAUAUUAUCAGGUGCCAAAACUGCACCAUUAUUUAAAAGCAAAGGAAUUUACAUAUGAAUGAACCUAAAUGCAGUAAAAGAGAAGAGAGAGAACAAGAUUAACUUUCAGAAAAGUAGGACCCCCCCCUAUAUUUUCCCUCCAAUGUCGGAUACCCAGAGCUGUACAUAUAGCAGUUUCACUUAGUUUAGCGUGUUAUGUGUGUUCCAGCUAUAUGUGCUUCUACACAAAACUCUUAGCGUUUUCCACAAUGGUGAAGUUGUUUACAGAGGUCAGGGCUUAAUCAAGAGACAACUUAAUUUCAGUAUUUUAAACGAUUUGGCACAUCAAGGAUUUUCUUUUUUGUGUGUGUGUUUGUGGGGAGCUGCUUGUACCAAAGAUCUGGACUAGAAUGCACUAAAAGCUUUUUGCUUUUUUUGUAAGUCUUCUGUCAUAGUACAUCUGCACACAGAUUCAUACUGAAAUUAAUAAACAUAUCAUACUUAGAUGAUGGUGAUUGCUUUCCGGGCAGAGCACACCACUGCUGUGACUGCAUUUUCUAGGGGCUGUGUUUUAAAAAUAUAUAAAUGUUUCCUAGUUGCAUCUUGAUGUUUCUGCAUGUACUUUUCAGUAGUUUUGUUCUUAAUAAAGACUUUUCAUUGUUACAUUUUU